GGCGUCUUAGUGAGACUAGAAAAACUGGCGGAACUGGAUGGGUGCGGGUCAGUGGUAUAACUUCAGAUUGUGGAUUUGACAAAUCAACAGGACCACUAUCGCAUAUUAAGGUAUUUAAUACAGAUGGGAUGAUAUACGAACACAAGGUAUCAGGAACUUAUUUAAGCUCCAGUCCAGGCGAGGGUGAACGAUGCUGUCCAAGCUGAGCCGCUGUGUGUGCCGGGCCGGGCCGGUGUUGGGCCGGGGCUUGUCCGCUGCCUCCCGCCCCGUCUCCUCUGCCGCUUCCAAGCAGAAGAGGACAGAUCCCCCUCUAUCCUCGGAGGAGGUGUACGCCCGCGAGGAGAAAUAUGGCGCACACAACUACCACCCGCUCCCUGUUGCCCUGGAGCGUGGAGAAGGAAUCUAUGUCUGGGAUAUGGAAGGAAGAAGGUAUUUUGACUUCCUCAGUGCUUACAGUGCUGUGAACCAAGGCCAUUGCCACCCUCGGAUAAUUUCGGCACUGAACUCGCAGGCCUCUAAGCUGACUCUGACGUCCCGGGCCUUCUACAAUGACGUGCUGGGCGAGUAUGAGGAGUACAUCACCUCGCUCUUUGGAUACAACAAGGUGCUGCCCAUGAACACAGGUGUGGAAGCUGGUGAAACUGCGUGCAAACUGGCUCGAAAGUGGGCAUACACUGUGAAGGACAUUCCAAAAUAUAAAGCAAAGAUUAUUUUUGCAGUCGGCAACUUCUGGGGGCGUACCUUAGCAGCUAUCUCCAGUUCUACGGAUCCUAGCAGUUAUGAAGGCUUUGGUCCUUACAUGCCAGGCUUUGAACUCGUCCCUUACAAUGACAUCCCAGCACUGGAGCGAGCUCUUCAGGAUCAGAAUGUGGCAGCUUUCAUGGUGGAGCCCAUUCAGGGGGAGGCCGGGGUGAUUGUUCCUGACGAGGGGUACCUGACUAAAGUGCGGGAGCUCUGCACUCAACACAACGUGCUUUUAAUUGCUGACGAGGUGCAGACAGGACUUGCCCGGACAGGGCGCCGACUGGCUGUUGAUCACGAAAGUGUGCGUCCUGACAUCGUGUUGCUGGGAAAAGCGCUGUCUGGAGGAGUCUAUCCCGUUUCAGCAGUCCUGUGUGAUGAUGAGGUCAUGCUGACCAUUAAGCCUGGUGAACAUGGAUCUACCUACGGAGGAAACCCGCUGGCCUGCCGUGUGGCUAUUGCUUCCCUUGAGGUUCUGGAAAAGGAGAAGCUUGCGGAGAACUCUGAAAAGAUGGGCAUGCUGCUUCGUUCUGAGCUCAUGAAGCUGCCCAAUGACAUUGUGACCACUGUAAGAGGAAAAGGCCUUCUCAAUGCCAUUGUAAUCAAGGAAACAAAGGACUAUGAUGCUUGGAAGGUCUGCGUGCGCUUACGAGACAAUGGGCUGCUGGCCAAACCCACUCAUGGUGACAUCAUCAGAUUUGCCCCUCCCCUUAUCAUCAAGGAGGAUGAGAUCAGAGAAUGUGUUGACAUCAUCCAGAAGACCAUCCUGUCCUUCUAACCUUCUGACUGAUCACUGUUGACUGUUGUUUAGAUCAUUCACGUAUUUCCACUGUACAGGCAUUUACUUGUUUAGAAUUUCUACUGUAAACGUAGCAACAGGAAUUUGCUGCUCCCUACGUCUUUGCAACUUUUUGUAAAGAAGCAUAAAACAUUUCCUUUAUCUUCCAUGAAACUUGACCAGAACCAUGUGAAAUAUUCAUUGGUGGUAACGGAACCUACAGUACACUCCACAGCUGUUCUGUUUUGUUCCACUGAAUAUUUUCAAUCUGGAUACAUGAAAGAGACGGGUUUAUAAGCUGUCCAUUUUGUCCUGGUACAGAGGUCUCAAAGGUGUAAUUCUGAUAGGGACAAGAGAGAAUUAACAUGGCACUUAUUGAGCUAUUUAAUAUUUAUUGCCAUCUUAUUUAAUUAAAGCAAGUAAUGAUAUACUUCCUGCAUUUUGCUUUAAAAAAUCUACAAGUAUCUUGGAAAUACAAUUGCAUGUCAAGCUUGUUAAAUUUGGGUGUACUAUCUGAAAGCUUUUUUGAGUUAAUCUGACGCAUUUAAAGUUACCAACAGACAUCAAAAGUAAGGAGUAAGGAACUUUGGGGAAUUGCAGUAAAAUUUAAGGUAGAAUGUGGGAAAUUUUAACGGGAUAAAAACAUUAUCUAGGUUGUACAAGCUAAUUAUUCGAGUUAAGAUGAGAGCUGUCAUGUCUGAGUGUCAGUGCUGUGAUAUCCUGGUCAAAAAGUGUUUUUAUUUACACUAGAUGGAACUACACGGAUCUAUGUGGAUGUGCACAGCUGCCUAUUUGUUAGCAUGGUUUUGGGUUACUUUGUGCUCUCCAAAAGGUUGUUGAGGGUGAACAAGUGUUAAUGCUUUCAAGUCUGUUCUGUUCCUUGAAGUAAUGGCAUCUGUUCCAUGUUUUUAUCUUAUGUUCCAGCAAUUAAAAAGUCAUAAUCAUUUUAUGGUU